AUGAUUGUGUUUAUAUUGAUGAUGCAAAACUCAAGCAUAUCAUCAACUGUCAAUAUUUGGUUUUCCAAUGGUUUUUGUAAACUUGCUCUUGCUGUUCUUCAUAUAAUGGUACCACCUAUGCAAUCACAAAUGAUUACAGAAGUUGUUAUUGUGCUUUUCUACUGUAUAUUUUCUUGCGACUCAAAGAAGACUACAAUAGUGAAAAGAGAAGAAUUCCUUCAAUAUGAUGCACCAAACUUUGGUAAUAACAUGGAAUUCCCAAAUCAAAUCGAAGGUGUACAUGCAAGAACACAUUUUGAAGCAAAAACAAAUAUUCCUAUGGAACCAAGUCAAGAAUUAAUAAACGAGGAUGAUCAAAGCAAUGAAAUUCCGAUUGGUCCAUUAGAAUCUCUUGAAGGGCCUAAAGUAGAAGGAAAUGUCAGAUUGAAAGAUUUAUUAACAUUUAUACGAAAAACCAACAUACCAGAAAAUCCUUAUGAAACUCUUCCACAGCAAAUACAAGAUCAAAACAAGUAUAAUACAGAUUUAGACAACAGCCAACCACAGAAUUUACUUGAAAUGCUUGCAAAAAAAAACUUUAUUACUCAAGAAAAACAAUGGCCUGCUAGUGGAAGAUUUCAGAAUAUCCCAACAUAUUUUCAAAACGGCAUCGCACCUGUUAAAAAAGAAGAAAUACCCCACACAAAAGAAAUGAAAGAAUCACUUAAAGAAGUUAUUGUGAACAAAAAAGAUGCCAUGGAAGAAUCAGAAGAUUCAGAAAUGAAAGAUAGUUAUGAAGCUAUUUAUGGACGAUCAAAAAAUGCACCAUACUAUGGAGCUCAGAUGGUAAAGAAAUCUGCUGUUCCAAAAUUAAGGAAUGAAGAGGAAUUUAGACCAUUCAGAAAAGAUAAGUCAAAUGAAGAAUCAGAUAGCAUAAACUUAGUAACAAGAGAAACAAAAUCGACAGAUAUUCUACAAAACAGUUCAUUGUCAAACUAUGGUCAACUUGUAAUUUCUGAAAUUAUGGCACCACUAAAUCUAUCAGGAACUGCAAAUACUACAGCUCAAAUAAUAAAUAGCACACUUAAAAAUAUUCCUGAGGUAUCAACAGAAAAUGUAUUUCUACUAAAUAAUACAAAUGUGUUAAGUAACACAAGUACCAAUGCAACUUUAAAUAAUAUAACUCCAUUAAACAUUGGAAAUUUAAAUGUAAUACCUCCACUAAACAAUGCUUUAUAUAAUACAACAAUCAAAGAACAAACCGGUUUAACAUCACAUAUACAAGAAUUGAAAAAACCUUUAACAUCUACAUAUGUAACUGAAAACACGGCAAUAACCACAAACAUUGCAAAUGCAGGCUAUACAAAUAUUUUGCAAUAUGAAACAAACAAAAUACCUUUCCAAUACAAUAAUAAAAAAAUAACAAGCGAUAAUCAAAUAAAUAAAAUUUCAAAAAUUGAAACUAUAUCAGAUCCGUAUGAAAACUUCAGAAGAACUGUGAUUAAACCAAGUAACCAAAUUACUGCCUUAAACAAUCAAGCAACAACUGCAAUAAGCCAAAUAGCCACCACAAGUAAUCAAGAAUCUACUCCAACAUACCAAGAUGGACACAAUAUUCAGAAUGGCCAAUAUCAAAUUUUAGGUAACCGUGGUUUUGUAAUGAAAUACGAAGAAAGACCCAUUGAAAAAAAUCAAGAAAUAUAUGCAAACUAUUUAACUCAUCAAACAUUCAACCCGCAAUAUAAAAAGACUGAUAUAACUGAUUUAACAGUUCAACAUCAACAAGAAAAAGCGAGAAAAGUCAACAUCCCAAAUGAAAAUCAAAAAAUGGGUUCAUAUGUCAGUAAUGAAAAAAAAUUCAGCGUUAACAACUACAAAGAUUACAACUGGGAAAGAAUAAAAAAGACAAUAAUAAAGAAUACUGAUCCAAAUGAACAUUUACGAGAUAUCAGUGCAUGGAAACUGAUAGAAGAACUAAAUAAAAUGAAAAAAUCAACAAUACCACAAAUGCUUAACGUUAAUCGCGCUGCAAGCCAACAAUCUAAGAAGACAGAUAUUAAAAGAGCUCCGUAUUCAGAUUCAUAUCCUUUGGUGUUAAACAAGUAUCCAUUAGAAGGACAUGUUUACAAAAAAGUAUCAAAUGAUGUUUUCAAGAAAUCUGGAAUACCAUUACCUGUUGCUCACGUUGAUUCCUUCCCGUUAGUUUUAAGAAUGAGACCAGCAGAAGGAAGUUUGACAAGAGAGCAUAUUACAGCUAAACAAAAUACGUUAAAUCGCAAACAGCUUAUUGGGAAAAAUCAAAAUGCACCAGUAACAAAUACCUUUUUUGCACAAAAAUGGAAUAAUAAUCGUGGUGGAAAUAAUUUUAUCCCAAUUUAUUCGAGUUUUAAAAAAAACCAAAAUGGAAUGAUGCAAGAUCCAAGAUAUGGGGUAAACUUUUACUAUAAGCAAAAAAAGUCCGAAAUUUUAAAUAAAGAAGACAAGGAAAAAAAUAACCUGAAAAACUAUAACUUAAAACGAUCAAGAAUACAAUACCCAGAACAAUUAGAAUUAAACAGUCCGACUCAAAACUUAUAUCAAACAAAGAAUGAAGGUUCAACUGGACAAAUGUUUACACAAUCAAAUGAAGUUUAUCAACCUGAUGACAACAAUAAAUUUCAAACAAGUGAUCAAGAAAGGAACACCCAAACAAACAAUGACCAGGAAUAUAAUCUAAUUAAGACACAAAUAAUGAACAACGAUAUAGAUCAUCUUACAAGUACGCCAAUCGGUGAUGACGGAUUUCAAACCCAAUUUCAACAAUUUAGUCGAAAUUCCGAUGAAGCUCCAAAAAAUCUUGAAAAUUAUAUGGCACCUAACAAUCCACAAAGCGAAAACUAUCAAAACGCCCAAGAUGAAAAUUCUAUAUCAGAAAACCAGAAAGAAGCUGCCAGAGAAAUGCUACAAAAGAGAGGACAAAUUCCAAGGCCGCCGUCAUACUUUCACCCUCAGAGCGGUAAAAUUGAAUCUUACCCUUUGCUUUUAAGAAGAUAUCCUGCUGAAGGUAGCUUAAAUUUGCGUGGACGCAGUAUUAUAACGACUUUUAACAAUACCGAAGAAAAUCCAAUAUACAACAACAAUUAUCGCGACUAAACACGACUAGAGGCUAUUUUAAUACAAAGAAGUGUACAUAUAAGUACUGUAUAUAUUGCUCUCGUAAAACUUGUACAAAUUAUUUUUUAAAGAAAUUGCUCAAAUUUAUUCUGGUAAUUUUUCUCUUUGAAUUUUUUAUUCUAAUU